GAGCGUGGCAAUGUCAUGGAGGGAGCACGGGGCCACCCGUGGGGCUCAGGCAGUGGUGGAGCACUGGGAGCGAUACGGCUGUUCCCAGGCAGAGCAGCGGCAGCGAGCAUUCCUCGGAGCAGACAGACAGACAGACACACAGACGGACGGCACGCAGGACGGCGCCGUCACGCCAGGGCUGAUCGAGCGUUUUUCCAGUGGAGCGCUACAGUUGAGUGCCGCUUCCUCAAUGGCACCGAGCGGACGAGGUUUCUGGUGAGGCACGUCUACAACCGGCAGCAGUACGUGCACUUCGACAGCGACGUCGGUCUCUUCGUGGCCGACACGGUCCUGGGAGAGCCUUCUGCUCGGCUCUUCAACAGCCAGCCGGACGUGCUGGAGAAGAACAGGGCUGCGGUGGAAAUGCUCUGCAACUACAACCACGAGACAGUGGCCCCUGUGACGCUGCGGAAGAGAGAGCCCAAGGUGAGGAUCUGUGCGCUGCAGUCGGGCUCCCAGCCCCAAAGCGACCGGCUGGCUUGCUACGUGACGGGCUUCUACCCACCCGAGAUCGAAGUGAAGUGGUUCCAGAAUGGGCGGGAGGAGACGGAGCGCGUCGUGUCCACGGACGUGAUCCAGAACGGGGACUGGACCUACCAGGUGCUGGUGCUGCUGGAGACCAGCCCACGGCACGGGGACAGCUACGCGUGCCGGGUGGAGCACACCAGCCUGCGGCAGCCCAUCGGCCAGCCCUGGGAGCCGCUGGUGGAUGUGGGCAGGAGCAAGCUGCUGGUGGGCAUCGGGGGCUUUGUGGUGGGGCUCGUCUACCUGGCGCUGGGGCUCUUCCUCUUCCUGCACACUAAGAAAGUUUCAGGGCACCCCGAUCCAACCACUCCAGGGAUCCUCAACUAGCAGCUGCUGCUCCAC